AUAGCAACAUGGCCCUCAUUGCACUUUUGGGGGGAAUAGUGUUCAUUUUUCGAAAUAACAUGGAUCUCUUAUCUGGGUGAUUCACCAGCUAGCUCGUCUUUUCUCUCACAUUUAUUGCAUGGGAUUUUCGGGUUCAGUUCCAUUUUUUUUUUGAAAAAACGAUGCCGGAAUACGAUCCUCAGGAACAGCAACUGGUUCGACGAUUAGAUGGUCGGUUGGUGCCGAUUGUUACUGGGCUUUAUCUAUGUUAUGUUGUGAACCGCUCUACACAAUUCCACACCGGCGCGGACAUCCCCAUAUCUCUUCCCACAACACCCCAUACGUACAUCCUCUCCCAGAUCGGAUAUGCACUUGCAUCCGUGUCCGUCGCUGCACCAUCUACCCUUCUCUUCCGUAAAUACGGUCCCGCACGGUGGUUUGCUGGUAUGGUUGGUGGAUGGGGUUUAGUGAGUGCGUGUUCUGCGGCGGUUAGAGAUGUGAGUGGGUGGAUUGUGACGAGGGUUUUGGUCGGGGUAUUACAAGCUGGGUUUUUGCCGGGGUUAAUGGUUUACAUUGUGUCCUUUUAUACGAGAGAGGAAUGGGCUACGAGAUUAUCUUGGAUAGUCUCUUCUGCGACGGUUGCUGUGUCGUUUUUUGGAAUCUUUGCUGAUUGGGGUACUCGAUUUGAUGGGGUGCAUGGGUUACAGACAUGGCGAUGGAUGUGUGUUUCGGACGGUCUCUUGAGCAUUGCGCUGGCAGUAGUGACCUAUCUCCUUCUUCCAAAUUAUCCGGAAACAUGCACAUUUUUGACUCCUGCUGAUCGAGUCCUUGCCAUUGCCCGUAGUCACGACACUGACAGAACCGAAGGAAGUGGUGCCCAUGAGUCCGAUGAUGAAGGAGGUAGCCCCCGUCGACAGUCUGUAUCCCUUCAAAAGCCCAAGCCGCCGCGUAUCCGAAUUGAUGUUGGGCAAAUAACCGAAGCUUUGACAGAUUUGCGAAAUUGGUUGUUUGCUGUCGGGUUUUUUGGGGUAUCUGUUGCAGGCGAUGUGCUGGUAUCCGUUGGAGCAACGGUCACUGCAACCGCUUUUGGCAUGGGCGAUGGAGAUGAAACCACACGGCAUGUGAGGAUCGUGGCAGCUCUACCGCAUCUCGUUGGUGGCAUCGUUGCCUUUCUGUGUGCAUGGAAUUCAGAUCGAACAGGCGAUAGAGCCCUUCAUACCACUAUCCCUCUUCUUAUUUCCUCGGCUGGUUUUGCCUUGAUUUCGAUCAUACCCAGCUCAUUGGGCCCUUUACGCUACUUUAUCGGCCUCGUUCCAGCUAGUGCAGGUCUGAUUGCUGCGUUUCCGUGCCUGCUUUCCUACGCCCUCGACAAAGCUCAAGGAGAAUCAAGUCGAGCCAUCGUUGCAGCUCUCACAUUUUCCUUUGGCCAAGCAUUCAGCUUACCCCUCGCCUCCUCUGGCUCGUCGCUCCUCGAUCCCGCCCAACCUGCUCUAGCCCCUGGCAUAAGCGCCUGCCUCGUUGCCUUUGCAGCCUUUUGCGUACUCGUCAUUCGGUGGUUGUACAGAAGGGAGGAAGCGCAAAUGUGGAAUAAGGGGCCGGGGCUGCGUAGGCUUUUGAACGAUGCCGAUGAGGGGAAGGCUUGGGAUGUUGAACUGAGCCAUGGAGACAUUUUUGCUGAUGAGGGGAAGAAGAAGGGGAAGAAGGGGAGACGGGGUUCUGGUGGGGGAGGUAGAGACAGGGUCGGUAGUGAGUGGGAUUUGAAAGAGUAUGCAGAAAAAGAGGCGUUUGGAUUUUGAUAUGGUUGGAAGUCGCGAUGAUGAUCCCGGAUGAUGAUGUUAGGCACGAAUAUGUCGUUCAAUGUCCAAAUUGAGUCCAAAAUGUGCCUGGUUGGACUCAAUAAAAAAUAAAAGCAUGAAUGUUGGACCG